CAGUGUGAGUGUGGAUAUAGCUAAUGUCAGAGGCGUAUUGUGCAAACAGUUACCUCCCAAGACUGCUGACACAACUGGUAGUGUAGUAGUAUACACAACUGCGUGUAAUGGACUACUAGUCGGAUUAAAACGCAGAGUGGUACAGUACAGAGCUCAGUUGUAGGGCAGAGUGAGAGACAGAUAGAACUGUAGUUUGACACGACCGAAGAGCGGUGGAUAAAAGUGUUAGGACUUUACACUGGCAUACGGAACCAGUAGAAAAGGUUCUCGAGUGAAACCUUUGCUGCAGCAGUAAAGUUACUGUUCAGGAGCCUAACAUACAGUUCGGCAGUUUUGCCGGAGAAGAGUGUAAAAGAAUGUCGAAAAAGUUCAGGUUCCAGAGCGUAGUUCUCGACCACGCGAAACCCCUGGGGUCAGGUUACUAUGGCAACACGUACACGGCUCACUGCGACCACCUUCUGUGUGCCGGGAAGCACAUGACGCCAGAGCUUUUUGAAGUUGAGCGAGAGUCCGGCUGGGGAGGCACCGCCAGCCGGAGGGAGGGGAAGAUCAAGAAGAGCCUCAUCACGGCAUUCCUGCACGAAGUGGACAACCUGCGCCGCAUCUGCCACCCCAACUUGGUCCAGUACCUGGGCACCCACGUCGACGCGGACUCUGGACUCCCGUCCUCAUCAUGGAGCUCUGCCAGGACAACCUCACCACCUACCUCGACAAGUACUUCGAGUCUCUCGCCUAUCACAAGAAGGUGAGUCUACUGCACGACGUCGCCCUCGCCCUCGUGUUCCUCCACGCUCACGGGAUCGUCCACGGGAACCUCGGCAGCAACAACGUGUUCGUUGUCCCCUAUCGUCUCCCGCGGGCAAAGAUCUCCGAUUACGGGCUGUGCCGAAUGCCUAGCAUCGUCAAACACAGCUCCAGGUACUACCGAGGGAACUCGGCAUAUCUACCGCCAAAUCCACUGGUCUGUCUCCUGAAGAACGCACCAAAGGUUGACUGCUACUCGUGGGGAGUGCUGGCCACUCAGAUGCUCACCAACCAGCUGCCUCUACCUCCUCCCAAACCCUCUGAAAAGGUGAAGGGAGAGCAGCCGAUAAACAUAGAGGAGCAUCACAAGACGAUCCUGGCAUUGGUAAAUUCAGCCAACCCUCUCCUCCCCAUCAUCAAGAGUUCUCUCAGGCAGCUCGAGGGGCACCGCCCACCCAGCGACGUCAUCAGCUACAGCCUCGCAGAGCUCAAGGCGGACAGGAUCUACAUCGACAGCGUGGAAAAGGAGUCAAAGGAGAAGCAGCAACAACAACAACAACCGCCGAAAAGGGAGGAGAAGGAGAAGAGCAUGGCGGGUACCAGCAAGCUGAAGAAAGAUCUGCGGGAGAGCAAGAUGGAGGUGGAGAAGCUAAGGAAGGAGCUGUUUGGAGCGGGGAGGCAACAAAGGGUGGUGCUAAGACCGACCUUCUCGGAAGACACCACAGAGAGGAGGGUCAAGACAAUGAAAUUCACUCGCAGCGGCAAGGAUGAUGAGCACAUGAAUAGAUACGGGAUGAGUGUACCAAUACUGGACUCCAACAGUAUCCUCCACGGAGGCAGCAACAGAGAGAUCCUCGGGAGUUACUGCUCGGAAGAGGGUGCCCUGAAGGAAGUGGAGGGAGAGGCAAACGGGAGAAACAGCAUUCUGAGGGCCAAGUCGUGCAGCAGGGAGCUGGAGCUGGUCGGGGAGGAGGAAGAGGCUGCGUCGGGAAAGAUGGAGGAGUGGAGGGAGGAGACUGAUGCUGUUGACCUCGCGGGUCCCAAGACUGCAAGCAGCCACACUGGGUGCUAGCUCGAAGAAGAAAAGAUGGAGUCUACUGCGGAAGAGCUCCACGCUUCCAGACAUGCAAGCCCCAGCGAACACCCCGACACUGACAGUUAGGGUUGGAACCAGCGCACUCUCGGCCAUGGUUCGCGGAUACUCGGCUGUUGACGAGGAAGGAAAGGCCUUCUUUGCCUCCUUCUCGUCCUCCGACAAGCGAAUCUACACGUGCAAGGUCCACAAGCACUCGAAGAACCUAAGCUGGCUGGUCAUCCCCGAGUGCCCCCACUUUGAGUUCGGACUUGCUCUGGUCAAUAAUUCCGUCACGGCCGUGGGUGGGUACAUGCAAGAGUACCGACCGAGCCAGCCCUCAAACGUCCUCCUCACGUACAGCGAGAUCAGGCGGCAGUGGACUGAGCGGUUUCCACCCAUGCUCACUCGGCGACGCCUCCCCGCAGUUGUCACCACUCGCUCCCUCCUGAUUGUAGCCGGCGGCAACGGCAACAGGAAUGAGAUUCUGGCGACGGUCGAAAUCAUGGACCUCCAGACGAUGAGUUGGUCGAUAACUGUCCAGCUACCGAUGGGGCUCACCCAUGCCUCGGCCACCAUCCUCGACGACUGCAUACACAUUGCAGGAGGCCAGAACGCAGCAGGGCCGACAAAUGCCCACUUCACCUCAAACGUCACCUGCGCCCCGGGAAUCUACGGCAGAGAGGAGCUCUCGCCGUGGAAGAAGGGCUACAAGACCCCGACACUCUGGUGCACGCUGGCGGCUGUGGACGGGCGCCUCCUCGCCAUGGGAGGCCAGGACGACCACAAGACGUGCAGCAGCGGAAUCUUCAUGUUUGAUUAUCGCAGCGACGUGUGGGUGAAGGUGGGGAACAUGCGGCACAAGAGGUCGGCCUGUCUGGUGGCGGUGCCCAACGGAGAGGGCUACGAGGGUAUGAUGGUGGUGGUCGGGGGAUUCAUCAGGAAAAACGAGGCCACCAAUGCUGCUGAGGUCAUUACAUGCAUAUCCAAGUAGAACAAAAAUUCAUCAUUUUCCUGGAUUUUCAAGACAGUAUGCAGUAUCACUUCUUUACUUGCAGUAUUCAGUAAUUUUUUUUUUACUCCAUACCCACACACACACACACAAGUCAUAUAAUUAUGGUAAGCACAAUUCCAAAUUCAAUGCCAGCGCUUAUUUGCUUACUAAAUUGCAUAUUAUUACAGUCACUAUAAUUUACUAUCACUUCACUCAUACUAUGCAUGUUUUUAAUCAGUUCACACUGCUGUCACUCAUCAUUUUCAAUUUUUAUACGUAUUUUUUCUGACAACCACACAUAUUCAUCAUAGUUGAAGAAACUU